AUGCGUGAGUUUAUGAAUCACUGGAUGUCAUGCAUGUUAGUAAGAAAAAUACACAUUUAAUGAGGCCCUUAAACUCUUUCUCUAGGUGUCACAGUGGGACAGGUGGUGAUAGUGAUGUGCGCAUGCACCCUCCGCGCCCCCCUCCCUAAUCCCGUCCACCCCUCCCUCUGAGAGAAGGAGGCGCUGGGGGAGCCCUGGCAAAACCCCCGGCAUUCACACUGGGCUUUUUUGCGUUACAUCACAAACGGCGAGCAUAAAUCGGACGAGCCAUGGCUACUCUCAGUUGGGCGCUGGACGACACAACGCGAGGAAGCACCAUGCGGACACGAGGCGGUGCGGAGACACGCGGACGCAGCAACGAGGAGCUGAGCGCCGACCGCGCGCCGUGUGACGGAGCCAUGCGCUUACUACUGCACUGGCGCCUGGCAUGACCUUCAUCUAGGCGACUUCUUGGAUGCGCGCUUCUCACGUGCCCUACUGCGAAAUCGACUCAUCGUGUGGAGCGGCCCGUUCGGCAACUCGAACAUCUCAAGCAGGACACUGUUUAAUAGUGUUUUAUAGUCAGGAUCAGGAGUUCUCUCUAGCUCUGCACGAGUGGACGUUCGCGCCAGUCUCUCCAGGAUUUACACCCGAGAUAUCCUCGCGCGCCAGAUCAAAUGGAUAACAUGGAUAACGUGCCUCACUUUCUAGCCAUGUGCGUGCUAUUUUUCGCCCUAGGCUUCCGGAUAGAAGGCGUCUCGGGUCAGCACCACACACCAAUGCACUACCUCGUCCGUCCUGUCCCUAGCGACAGCCUGCCUGUCGUGUUGAUCAAGGAAGACCCAGAUCCCGUGCUUGACCCCAAAGAGCGCGACCUGAAUGAGACGGAGCUGCGCAGCAUUCUAGGUGCGCACUUCGACGCGCGCUUCAUGUCCGUCAUGUUGCCCGAGGGAGACUCGGGCAUAGACUCUGAAGGGACCAGACAGCAAUUUCUGCAGCGUCCCAUGCCCAAAGAGAUCCGCAAUUUGGACUUCGACACGGCGCACGACGCCAAGAAACAAAACAAGAAGCUUCGCAGGCGCCUCCAGUUGUUUAUCUGGGCGUACGCCUUUUGCCCGGUGGUGUACGCGUGGCAGGAUUUGGGCAGCCGCUUCUGGCCGCGCUAUGUCAAAAUGGGCAGCUGCUUGGCAAAGCGCUCGUGUUCAAUGCCCGAGGGCAUGAUGUGUAAACCUUCCAAGUCGGUGCACUUCACGCUGCUGCGCUGGCACUGCACGUCCCGGCGCCCAUCCAAGUGCACAUGGAUCCCCGUGCACUACCCAGUCAUAUCCGAGUGCAAGUGCUCCUGUCCGAACUGAACCCGAACUGAACCCGCGGGUUACCCUGUCUCUCAAGCACUGCCCGAAGUGUACGAAUGUCUCUGCGAUGUAUAUGUGGUGUUAUUUUAACAUAUGUUUUGUUUAUACCUUGUAAAAGAGGUCAGUAUUUACUUAUAUCCAGCGUCUACUGUAUUUGUUGAGCAUACUCUGGGUUAAUGUAUUUAUGUGGAGAAAAUUUCGCGCUGCGAAAAAUUAAAGGACAUUUUUACUGAAGGAAGUGUAAGCUUUUUUUUCCAUUAUUCGGAAAAAAAUAUGUAAGUUUUAUUUUAUUUUAUUUUUUUUAUAGACCUCAAAUAAAGUAUGAAUUACGGUGUAAUUGUUACAGCUUAAUUGUUAGAGCUGUGAAUAUAAAGUGUCAAUAGAGUAACCAUAAACCUGUAAAUUAAGAGAAGCACCUAUUUAUUCUUUAUUUCCAUGUAGUCCAAAGUCAUUUGAAAUAAAACCACUUAAACUGCAUUAUUGUUUUUUGUUUCUUUGUCUGUUAAUUUGUUCAUUUCUGCAAAUGCUACAUGCGUUGGCCAAUGUGAAAUCUGAUAUCUUGAUUUUUUUUAUGUUAUUUACAACUACUAUGUCAAAACAACUGAGCAAGUGACAUAUGUCUAGGUGUUAGGAUUUAAUUCUUAUGCCUAAGAAGGAGUGGAUCAGUGACUUCAGUUUUUUUCCCCAUAGACGCCAUCCAUCCUCAGACAGUCUGAAGGGUCUUUGUAAAAGGAUUAAAAGUUAAAGACCUUCAUUUUCAGAUUCUUUCAUUUAAUCUGUGUGGCGCCUGAAACACAUAGUGGAUGAAUGAUCACAUGUAAAAACAUUCUUGCUCUGUCUGCAGCCUAAAGUCUACUGGCAUGAAAAGAACAACUUGACCCUGGUGAAGAAUGAAGACACUAAAGUUUCUUUCUCUAUCGAUUAACUUUAAAGCUUCUUAUAUGACUAGCCGAAAGAAGGCUGCCAUGCCAGUGUAUAACUCCAGUCCAUUUAAAAGCAACCUUAAAUUAGUAGGGAUUAGUAUCAAAGCAAUGUAAGACCUAAAAAUAAUAUUAGUCUAAUGAUAAGCUUAAUUUUUCCAUGCAUACAGUUUGAGAAGUGAUGAAACUAUGCCGUUGAGUGAUUUGUUGCAAGUUUGACAUAUUGAUAGUCUUCUGAAAGGGUAGUCAUAACAUGCUCAGGACUGUUACAUGGCCUAGUGCGCUGUGGGUGUUUGGCAGUUUUCAAAACAGACUUUAAAUUUCCCCCAUGCAGAGUGAGAAACACUGCCCCUCUUUGUGUACAUGAUGCCAAAAAAAAGAGGACUGGCUAAUGUGAAAUGGCCUCAUGAAUUACAAACAUAUUUAGCUAAAUCUAGGAUCAUAAACAAUAUUUUAAAUGUUUUUUUUUUUGUUUUUUUUUUGAUUGACCAAAAGCAUGUAUGUCUUCAUCAGUAUUGCACAGGAAGAUUGUGCUAGCUGUAAUAUCUUUCCUUCCUGACUUACUGCAUCAUAAAUAUCACCUUUUCCAUUCUGUCUUCCUUUAUAAUCACACCCCUUUCCCCUUGCUGAUUAUCAGUGCACUAUUACUGAUUUGUCAUUUAUAAUUUACACAGUUCCACAUUAGUAGGCAGCGUUAAAAAUCCCUCUGAACAAUGCUAUCAUUAAGUUCUGCAGCUGUAAGCUAAAUGCUGAUAGAUUCUCAGAGACCAUGUCUCCCCCCAUGCUUAGACCAUCUCAUUUCUGGUGAUAUAAGAGAAAGCGCUGUAUCUUUAAACCACAGCAUGCCACCCAGACACUGGCAUUUAUCUGGAAUCACUAACAAUCAGGUGUCAGGGCCUCAACCAUGAGGAGGGCUUGUUUGGCCACCCACAAUUUCACUUUCACCAUGCCAGGGUGGUAAAAAUCACUGCUUUUAAACUUUCACACUGGAUUUUUCCAGCCACGCCUUGGCAACAAAACGGAUUCUUAUUUCUGGUGUUUGUUGCUUAGUAACUAGCCUAAAUAUCUUUCCUACUUGAAUGUGGAUACCAGAAUGUGGAUGCCUGAAAACAAACAAAUAAACAAACAAAAACAUAAAUAAAAGAAAGACUGGUAUAUCUUAUAUUGUUUCUUUGAAGCUAUCAAAUCUCAUCCCUUUUUUCCAGACCUUUACAAAAUUCAUAUAAAACCAGUGGACUAUAAUAAACCUGGAGUAAAACUUAACCUUUGCACUUGCAUCAUGGAUCUCAAAACGGCCAAAUGAGAACAUCUAGCCAAUUAGAACACAUGUUUUGCAUCAUUAGUCUGACGUU